UUUUCUUAAGUCCAGUACGUGGCAGGUAAAAGAACAAGGUGAAAGAGCUGCAGACGGAGAUGAUAAACAGAAGGACAGAGACGGGGAAUUUAUCCUUGUGCUCAGCGGGGCAGCUUAACGUAAGCCAGAGAGGUAGAAGCCAAGCGAGUUAGAAGAUAUUACGGACAGUCAGUUUCAGCCAUCUUUGAAAACUCCCCAGCCACCUGCAACAUCUGAAGAAGACAGAACUUAGCAUCUCCGCUGUCCAGCAUCUGAAGGAAGAACUCUAGUGGAUGGAAGAAGGAAAGGAGAAGAAGAAAACGGAAAGAACUUGUGGCGCUGCUGCGCUUUCCGUUCCUCUGUUGUUUGUUGUUGGAACGGGGGGCCCUUUGAGUUGAAGAAGGUAGCAGGAGUGAAGUGAAGUGAGGACACUGGGGUUUUACAGUGGUGUCGAAUGGAAAAGUCUUGAACUUGUGGUAAGAGAAAUUGUGUUUUAGUGUCGUUUUUCGUGACUUGGGACGUUGUGCAGUGUGUGGAAAUGUCGUAAGAUAUUAGAAAGUACGUAUUCCCGGGAUAUUUAUGUACUUGAAGGAGGAAAAUGGCAAGUUCGCUAAUCGGAUCUCUUAUUGAAUGAAGCAGGUUAGUAGUGUUUGUGGUUUGGGCGGCAUUUUUAAAUGUAUCCGACGAACAAAUUGUUUUAACCAUCUUCAAAAUACUGAAUAUUGUUUCGAGAAUAUAGCACGUUGUAAGAAUAGUUUAUAUGCUUCAUUGCAGCAAAAGAUUUUGUGUUCUGCAACAAAAAAUGCUAACAUUUCAAAUACGGUUUUAAUGUGAAGUUCGUAGAAAUACAAGGAGUGUUAAUUAUAUAUUUUGACUCUCGGCGUCAGUAGCUGAAAGUGCUUUAGACUUUCUGUUCGUAUAAAAUAAAAUUGGCUUCGAAAUGAAACACAGGACAAUAUUUUAGUGGUGUUGUGGCAGGAUAAAGGUUGUGUACGACACACGUGUAGAAUUUUAUUAAACUAUUGCACAGAUAUGUCGCAUAUGUGACGAAAAUGUUUAUAGUUCAUAAUGUUAUCAGAUACAUGAAGCAUAUAUAAGAAGUUUGUAGAUAGAACUGAAGGAACAGAGAAAUACUUUGCUGCUGUGCGUUGAGAUAGCAAUAUCAUGGAUGACGACCACAUGAGCCCCCUAGAACACUGUCCGGCAAGUCCCUCUGAUUCCCAGACGUCGUGCGAUCAGAUUCCUGUGGGUGACAUCAUCGGUGGCAGUGAUGUUGUUAGCAACAGCAAUAACAACCACAAGAUUAAGACAUCGCCUCUUAACCACGAGGACACGGAUGGUGAUGCUCUCUCACCCAGGAAGCAAAUGCAUCAUGGGAACAACACUAACAACAAUGAUGUGUCUUUCGUCUUGAUGGAUGACGAUGGUGGAGGUCCUGGUGAUGACCUGGGGUCAGACGAUGUAGUGGAUCCUGAUGACGUGCAAGAUAUGACCGAGGACCGGUUGACUGGUCACGGAGCCAUCGCCUCGAUCGGUUCCGUAUCGGCCGGUACUGGUGGCUCGUCUCCGUUCAGCACCGCCUCGCACCACCAUCACCAUCACCGGUCGAACGCCGGUACCGGCGGAGGUGCGGGAAACGCCGGUGGCAUGACUCCCACCUCACACCACCANUCCGUGUCCGCCACGGACUUCCAGCCGCCCUACUUCCCACCGCCGUUCCCACCCCCGCCCCCGAGUCACCACCAUCAUCAAGCGGCGUCACCCGCCGCCGCUCAGAGUCAUCACCAGCUGGACUACCUCAACUCCGUGACUGCAGUCACAGACCCGUACUCACAAACGCUCAACUCGCUCCAUCAGACGGCUCAGGCUGCCGCAGCGGCACAUCAUUACAAUCAGCUGACGGCAGCGGCGGUCUCUGCGGGACAGAGGACAACGACCACGCACGAUGUCCUGCGCAGGGACACCGACGCCCUCCAUGUGACAAACAUGCACGCCUCAUUCCCCUAUGAGUCGAAUAGGGGCAGAGAAUAUGGAGGGGUACGACGCCCUGACGUCCUUAUACAGUCACACCCGGGACUCGACUCCCAGGACCCUCUGGUGCUUCACAACGCUCUGUCCGGAGUGGACGACGGCCAGAACGCAAAUGUGGACGAUGGCACGGGCUUCAUUAACGACCUUCCGCUAUUGAAAAGUAUAAAGCCACGAAAUAACGAGAACAGUAAAGACAUUGUUCUCUCCGGAGCGUCGGCGCCCUCAGACGUGUUCUGUAGCGUCCCGGGCCGUCUGUCCCUGCUCAGCUCAACGUCCAAGUACAAGGUGACGGUUGGCGAGGUUCAGCGACGAUUAUCACCCCCUGAGUGCCUCAACGCGUCGCUCCUAGGAGGCGUUCUCAGACGGGCGAAAUCCAAAAACGGCGGACGUCUUCUUAGAGAGAAAUUGGAGAAAAUUGGUCUGAAUCUUCCUGCGGGCCGCAGAAAGGCAGCCAACGUCACUCUACUCACGUCGCUCGUCGAAGGUGAAGCGAUUCAUCUGGCGAGAGACUUCGGUUACGUCUGUGAGACCGAAUUUCCGGCACGGCAAGUAGCAGAGUACCUGAGCCGCCAGCACACCGACCCUUCUGAGUCGUAUCGCCGCAAGGAGCUCAUCCACGCCACCAAACAAAUCACCAAAGAGUUGAUGGACCUCCUGAAUCAGGACAGAUCACCAUUGUGCAAUACUCGGCCACAGCAUAUCUUGGACCCUAGUAUCCAGCGUCACCUCACACACUUCUCGCUCAUAUCGCACGGUUUUGGCAGUCCAGCUAUUGUGGCCGCCCUCACCGCCAUCCAGAAUUUCUUGUCGGAGUCACUGAAACACUUGGACAAGAUGUAUCCUUCUGGUAAUAACGGUGGAGCGCACAUAUCUGUGACGUCCUCACAGCAAGCGGGAGGCGGCGGUGGAAUGGACACGAAGCCCAAGGAUCUGGGUGAUAUGAAGAAGUGAGGCUGGCUGAGACGGGGCGCCGUGGUUUCUUCUAACUCCGACGACCCUAACACCAUGCCAACGCAGCCUCCUGCCACCACACUGCGUCACUCCUGGCCUUACAAUUAAACUAGGAUCAGAGUUCUGAUGGAACAGUAUGCGGGAGGAUUAUGUAGUUGCCUUUGGCAUUAAGAAAAAGAAGGAUUUCCUUUUUGUGCCAUUCCUAGCCCAACGAAAAAUGGAAUAAGUACUGCGAAUUUCAACUAAAGUAACCGGAUGGACACUGCAUCCUUGGCUUCAUUUGAGAUGAAAGUAUGUCAAGUUGAUAAACUGUUAAGGUCCACGCCAGGUUAAAUUUUGACAAGGUUUGAAUUUGAAAGUGUCAUAUUUUGUGGCGUGUGUUAAAUUUUGCCACACGGUUGUGCCGUCUCCAAAUUCUCUUAAUGCCGCUAUGCACAUUAUACCCGCAUGGAUAAGAACUUGUUACAUUGAACUAAUCACAAAUAAAUGUGUACAAGAUGGGAUUUGAGGUUAUCAUGGCUGUGAGUAUGAAAAUGGUUGUCUUCUGAGUUGUAGUCUUAUAGGCAUUGACUGACAUUUAUCACUAUUUAUAACUCUGAUGAUGGAGGCAGAGAGCUCAUCUGAGAUAUCAGUCAAUAUCUACCCAGAAUACACAAGAAUGAUGAACAGUUCAUCAUCAUCUUAGAGGCAGAAAGUUCCUUUGAAAUGUCAGCAAACACUACCAGACAAAAUUAACAAAACUGCUUAACAGUUUUACAGUCGUG